UCUUUGGCUCUCGGAGGUUUUCCGCUGAAUUUAUCGGCUGCUUUAAUUUAGUAGCCUAAGUCCCCCCCCCCUGUUUUUAUAGCUUUUUCCUCACCCCAGCCUUUUACUUUCUGAAAGAACAGUACGCCAAAAUCCUGACCGAUGUUUUUUUUUUGUCGGAGCCAGUGAAAUGUAGGCCUUCGGGGCCAUUCAAUUAAAGAGGGAAAUGAAGUGGAGGGGAAUAAAGAUGAACGCCACCAGUUGAAUGGGCCUAAUGACCAUCAGCGCCGAGCAGCGCGGAGCUGAGUGUCUCAUCAGCACCAGUCUGACCGACCAAUCACAGCGAUCCCCCACCGGCGGACCUCCGUGAGGCCAGUCGCAGUUAGGCGGUGUAACCUGUCUCGCUUGGAAAUUAUGAAGGGAACCAGCCUCAGUCGAUUCUAGAUGGAGAAAAGUUAAAUUGGGCGAAUUUAGUUGUUUGACAUUUUGAGCAUCUGACACCUGAAUUACUGCGUGUUCUCCAGGAUAGUUGCACUAUAACUUGCGCUGUACAACAAACGGGAUUUUCCGAUGUAUAGUGAAUUGCCUUGUCACAUGUAUCAGAAAAUCUCAGAACAUCUCGUUGGACAUUGACUCUCUCUCUCUCUCGCUCUCGCUCUCGCUCUCUCUCUCUCUCUCUCGCUCUCCUGCUCGCGUUUUGUCCCCCCUCUCUGCCGUGGUAAUGGAUUAACAAUAGCCUGAUGGAGACACAUCUAACCGAUUGAGAUCUGCAGCGCUUGUGAAAAACACGGGCAUUUAAAACAGGUGGCAGAUCCGGCAACAGUUCACGCUGUCCUGAUCAUCCUCUGCUACAAUAACAGGCUGCCAUCUGAGAAACGCCGAGAUACAGUGCGCAGGCUCUCUCAGCGCUGUUCUCCAGCAUCAAACCCCAGAUCAACGCACAGUGGACACUCGGCCGACACGUUCCAGGUUUGAUUGUAGACGUGUAAACCCCGAAGACAAUUCUGCAAAUCAAGCAGAACAUUUAGAGACGACAGAAGAUAAAUUCUCCCGGAGAGAGCUCUUUUGGAACAUUAGUCAGUGGGAGAACUGCUGCUUUGUGUCUCUCAUUUUUCCUCCGCUGAACUCUCCUCAGAAGGUCAGAGGAGCAUGUAACUGAAGCAAGUGGAGCCCUCGGUGAUUUCAGCAUUCUGUCUCCCCCCAUCUGUGCCUACAUUCUCUGCCACAGAUAGGGACGUUUUGAUAAUUACAUAUAAUUAUAAUUUCUGUGGGAGACAGAUCUGCUUCUGUCUAUUAUUGCCAACACCUCCAACACAAUAACUUCACGCAUUUACAUAUUUCUCAACAAAAGUGAUAUUCUUUGAACCUCGGAGACAAAUCAGGAAUAAUUUUACUCAGAGAGACAUGUCACAUGGAGAAGCAAUGUGCCAUUCAGUUCAAAUCUAAUUGGUGAUAGUUGAAUGACACGGGCGACUUUUUGUGCCUAAAAGCUGAAUACAGAACAUUUCAAAUCCAUGACAUUUGCCUCAUUUUGCGAUGUAUUUUACAAGCUGGGAGUCAUUUCCUUGGUUUAUGCUUACUCCUAAUUUUCAGCUGUUACAGUCUUCUAGCACUUAAGCCGAGCCUCCCUCAUUAUCACCCCCGGCCCAGUCACAGUAACAGUCCGUGCCAGGCGAGUACUGAUUUACAUUAAUCCAACCAUAGAAAAGAUUGAGAUAAAGUACGUGGUGUAUCUACAGAUGUAAAGAGAGCCUAGAACAAGUUAACAUGGAGAUAAUUCCCUGCUCCAGAGAAACUAGGUAUUGUUAAUAGACAGUUUUCAUCAGUGGUGCAGUCUGUUAAUUCCAUUUGAUUGUUUACAAUGCCAAAAAACACCAAAUAUAUGGAAAGAAUUAUAGAUUUCAUACAUUUUCCCAGAAAAGAAUUGCUUACAGCUUAAACAAGUGCCAAUUCUGAAUGUAUGUAAUGCCAGACUAAAAUAGUCACCCAGGAAUGAACAACACAAAUAAAGCUGUUUACAUUUGACAAAUCACUGGCCAUAGACUAUUGUUCAAGUGCCAUGAUCAGCACAGGAAUGUAUAGGACUGCCAUAUUUAUUGAAAAUACUUGCUACUAAUUUUUACUGGCCUUUUUGGUUACAAGAAAUAAUUCCAUCCAGCAGUACGUCCAAUAUUUGUUCUUUUGUUCAGUGGGACAUGUAGAACAAGGCAUUAAGGACUAAAAGCAUGAAUAUUGUUGUUUUCAAUUUGUCCUUUUUACAAAGAUGCAUCCAUUUUAGUGUUCAAGAUUUGAGAGGUGUUUUUGGAGGACAAAAGAUGAAGUCAUUAUGCAUUCAGAGUUCCUUUCUAGCAGUAAAUUAAAACCAUUUUAACACCAUUAUCAGCAAUUAUUGAAACCUACCAACAGAUUUUGAUAGUGCCAGUCCUUUUCAUUUUUAUUGUUCCUGACCUUUUCUAUUAUUACACCAUAUAAAUAGUUUCUGACUAAACAGAAAGCAGGCUUCAAAUUUCAUCAUCCAACACUACUGAAUGAAACUUCUGAUACAUCAUCAAUAUCCAGUAGGUUGUACGUGCUACUUGAAUAUUUCACAUGCCAUUUUAGUGGGUUAAACUGCAAAAACGGAUACAGUGUUGUAACUGCAUUGACUCAACUACAGAAAAUAGAUCUCUUAGUCAUGUAAAAAUGACGCCCACCACCAAUCUCCGAGUCCUCGCUGUCUCCCUGCUCUCCCUCCUUACUGCCCCACUUACCACUGUUGUGGAGACCUCUCCGUCCCUCACUCCUCAGCACAUAGACCGCUCAGGGAGGCCGUUCACCGAGCAGCCCAAGACUGGCCCCAGCCCAUCUCUCCUGCUCCUUGCCAUCCAGGCCAAUAUCAGGCCAGCUGCUCUCCAAGGCAGGACCAAAACCCCUGAGAAACUUCCAGAAACCUCAGAGGGAGUUCUGGAGAUGCCCCCGAGACCCCUUCCCCAGGUCAUGUUCCCCAAGAAUGUGACUUCAGCGGAGGCCCUUGCGCCUCCCUUAGGUGCAGCCCAGGUAGCGCCCAUUCGACCCCGCAUGAUGGAUGUAUGGAUGGAUGUAUGUCGGGGUUAUUAUGAUGUAAUGGGACACUUUGACAGCUCUUUCAACUGCUCCAAGGACACCUUCGUCUUUUGCUGUGGAACCUGCCACUACCGCUUCUGCUGUCCAGAGCGUAGCCGGCAAUUGGAGCAGGACAUCUGCAAGAAUUAUGACUCUCCAGACUGGGCCAAGCCACAGACAGACUCCACGAUUAUAUCAGAGGAAUUAGGUCCUGACCCAGACUUUGAUCCACUGAAGCAGCAGAGUCACAACACAGGCUUCGUCAUUGGAGGUGUGAUUGUGUUCAUGGUGGCUGUCGCUGUGGGCAUCAAGGUGGUCUUCAACAAGGUGCAACAGGAAGCUAACCAAAGGGACCUCAAUAUGCCCAGAGCCCUGGUUGACAUGUUGCGGCACCAGUCAAGCCCGGUCCAGCAGGAUGAGAGAAACAACAGCGUGGCUCUGGCUGUAGGGGAUGGACAGGGGACACUGGGGAGAGCUCCAAAAAAUCUCUAUGCUCCAGGACUGCCCAGCAAGGACAACAGAUUGGGCAAUUUGCAACACAACUUCAUCCACUCAUCAGGCUCCAGCCCCAAACACACCGCAACUAUCGAACGCACCCCUCGAAUGAACAAUGCUCAGCUGGCAGCUGGAGGCACCCUGCUCUCCAGUAAACACAACAACACCAAAUCCCAGCCUGCCUUCCACCACUCCCUGCACAACCUGGCUCAGCUGCCGCCCUCCUAUGAGAGCGCCACCAAGCCUGAGCUCAACAGAUACUCCUCACUCAAACGUCUCGAGAAAGGUCUUGAUGAGUACUCGUCUGGUUACUGCACCACCAAGCGCCGGCCUCAUACAGCCCAGCCGGCCCUCCAGUCCUCUCAGCACCACCUCCACUGGGGUGGAGACUACACCCUCAGUGGGAGAGGAACACUCCCCAGGCAUGCAGCCCGUCCCUGGAUCCCGCCGCCACCUUCUGGCAUGCCUGCCUCACCCACCCCCAAUCCUUACCCUCUGGAUCCCCCGGAGCCACAGUACAACCCCAAUUACGACACUCUCUCCAAGCCGAGGAAAGUUAAGUCCUCUGACCAGCUUCUCAACAUGGGUGACGUCCCUGGCAACACGGGGACCCUGUCCAGGCUGUCCAAGAACCAGCAACACCAGUACUACAAAGCCAUGGCUGCCUCCAAUAAGAACUCCAACACACAGACCCUCACCAGGAAGCCCCAGGACAGGAGAGAGGAGAGACAGGAACGGCUGCUCAUGUCCCCGGACCAUUUGGAGGACAGGAUGGGGGUUGGCGGGAUGGGGGUUGUAGAUCCAUAUGCCCACACAGGAGGGAUUGUCCCCACGCUGCCUCGCCAGCAGAAGGCCCAGUCCCAGCAGAACGUAUGUGCCACCCCUUCCCUCGAUCGACACCACAUGAUCAAGAUGAACUCUCACCCCACAUCCGGACGAGAGCAGGAGCGGAGCACAGCCAUGACGGGGCACAUGAGUGGGGGCAUGGGCUGGGCGGGGGAGAUGCCCGGGGCGGGGGUAGUCAUGGGAACGGGAACACUAGGGGGCCACAGCGCCAGGAGGAUGGCUUUUGCAGCGAAAAGGCAGAACACCAUUGAGCAGCUACAUUUCAUACCGGGAGGGGGCGGUGGGGGGUCAGGAGGAAGUGGAGGAGGGAGUCAGGGGAUCAGGACGGGGAGUAAAAAUGAGGUGACGGUGUGAGGUUUGUGCCUAACGUAGAAUUUACCCUCCUCAAAGGUAUGGGAAUAGAUCACCCUUCUGCAUUUAACUAUUAGAUAUACAACUACAACAAAUAAAACUAGAAGUAUAAAGUAUAGUAACAGUAUAACGUGUUUAGGCUAUUCAAAUUAGUGUUAUCUUGUAAUUAAAUAGCUUAAAUAUGAUUACUUAAUUAAAAGUCUAGGUGGGGAAUAUCUGUUCCAAUUAUGUGAUAGCCCACAUCAGCCAUAUUUUGUAACAAAAUUUGCCAUAUUGCCAUAUACAGCAGUGCCAUUACUUGUAGAAAGACUGACUGGAAGGGUGAAACAAAACCAACAGAAGUGUCGUUCAUAAUUUUGUUUUUAUAUAUGUUUUUCAAAAAGUACUCAGGAGCCAUAUUAGGUAAGGAACAAGACUAUAUAUAUAUAUAUAUAUAUAUAUAUAUAUAUAUAUAUAUAUAUAUAUAUAUAUAUAUAUAUAUAUAUAUAUAUAUAUAUGAAGAGGUUGAUGAAGAGGAGGACCAUGUGGAAUAUUGUAUCACAGAAUAGAGAAUUGAGCCAACUACCUGCUGGACUGUCAACCUGCUCAGCCCUCACAACAAUCAUUUAUUAAACUGAAUCUCAUGGGUGACAAGCCCGUCGGACCAGAUGAAUCUGAAUGAACCGUGUGCCUGGUGAGGGAUUUUUGGAGAUCUGACACUCUGCUGAACCAACCUCAUCCUGGCACAGGGAGACAGAACUGACUUUUGUUGCUUCCUAUGUAAAUGAGCAUACAAGGUGGGGGCUGUUUUCUGACUUGGACACAGCAGCCUGACACUACUGGCAGGACUCCACACCCGAUUUAAACUGCGGACGUACCCACGUUACCAAUCUGAUGCCUGGGUUGCCUAGUUUUCCAUGUGACCUUAGAUCAAAUCCCCAGAGGAACUUACACUCUGAUCACUGUUACACUACAGGAGUGUAAACUGACAUUAGAUUACGUUAUGGGUGAGUUUCCCCUAAUGUUCACAUAGAUCAGGAACUGUAAAAACAACGGGCUACCAAAUAAUAUAGAGCCAUCUGUCACGUUAUUACAAAAAAAUCUUGACAUAAACAUAGACGAGUCAGGAGAUAAUAGAACAGACGUAUGUGUUCAGUUUACCAAUUAAAAGGCAACUUGCUUUAAUGUAGGUUGUGUACGAAGAGCAAAGAUUUUUCUACAGAGCACAAAUGAAUAGACCAUGACGCAGAGGUUGCACUUACACAACUGUCCUUCAAAGCCAUUUAUGGAGAUACAAAGAAAAUACCACAGAGGAAGCUGGUCUGACAAUCACCAUUUUAUUAUUCUCACCAGGUGACAAAUUAUACAAGUCAGUGAUAUUUUGUACAGUCAAAGGAUUGGCUUCAGAGCGAGCCAAAAACCUCUGAGUCAGGAGAGAGGGCGACCCGAGGCCUUCUCCUACGUGGCUCCAUAUGCCGUAAGACACUCGGAUGGUUAGGAAGCCCUUCCCAUCCUCCAGACGAAGACCUUGCUGUAUCAUAAUGCACUUCAGCCAGUAUGAGUAAAAAAAACUACAGAAAAGAGAAAAAAAAAAUCUUCAUCAAUAACAACGCUUAUCAAUACUAAGGGCUAUCCUAUCCUAUAUACUGUAUGUGAUAUCUGUGGUCCAUAUAAAAUGCUAUCUCUUUCUCUUGAUUUUGUGUUGAUAUUGUCAUGAUGUAUUAAGUAUUAAUGUGUACAAAAAACGAGCAAUUAAGCACAGUUCAAAGAGAAACACAGAGACUUUGCACAAAUCUUAUCCCCUGAUAUUUGCACCAGAUACAAACUUACUUUGUAUCGUGUCCUCAAGGUUUACAUUCUGUACAAGCACGGCUGUGUGACUGAUCAAUGGGAGGUAUUGUAUUGAGAGAGGAUUUUUUUAAUCACCAGAAAUCAGAGGUUAUUACGCAGAUCAAAGAAGGAACUUGUUACUGCUUCGUUUUUGUUCAGUCAUGUGAAAGGAUACAGAGAUGAAAUACUGAUAAAGAGAAACACAGAUUUCAUUUGGACAAUCUUCCUAUACACAGUGCUAAAUGUAGUUGUUAUGAAUAUGAUGGAGUGUUAUUAUUAAUAAUUAUUAUAACUGUUAUGGUUUUUAUUAACAAUUAUCUUAUGAUGUGAUGUUCUUUUACUUGGUGGGAUUUAAGUGUUUAUUGUUUUUAGAUAACUAGCAUUCUCAUGACUAGUUGGUUUUUCAUACAUCUGGUCAUAAAUUCAAGUUUUUAAAAGCAUUCCAAAUCUUGAUGCAUGCGAGCUCCAUUUCAUUGAGAGGCAUUAACAGUAUGCCUGGAUUUUAAGGUCAUCUAUGCUUAAAUGGCCAAUUUUCCAGCUGUAUGUACUGUUCCUAGACAUCGGCCUUAUGACUUCUUGAUCUGAAGUGAUUACUUAGGUUUCCACUCAACAAAAAAAAAUGUCUAUUGGAAAAAUCCGCAGCCUUCUAAACGUAUGUGUAGAUGACGGCAUUUUAACAGCCAGUGAGGGAUAGAUGUGUUUGGGACAGGCCAGAAGUUAUUAACGCCACCAGACUGGAGGCAGUCUCUUGUCUCCAGUGCAGCAGCCUGACCCAAUAACUCAUUAUGGGUUGUACACACUAAACCCAUGAUGCCAUAAUGUAUGUGUGUGCGGAUGAAUGUUUAUUACACAGGUUGGAGAGAAAAGGAGUUCUAAUGGAAACCUGAAUGCUUUCAGUGCAGUGUCUUUUUCAGGGAAAUAGGACAGGUGACAUAUAGUAGUAUUAGAUUUUUUUAAUAGAGCCACAAAAGGUCUGUAGCAAAGUCUGUAAUAUCUCACAAGCCAUAUCCAUCGAAACUCAUUAUCACAAUUUUAUAAAUGGUUAAUCUAAUUUGUGCAAGUAUUGUAUUUUGUAUAGCUAGUACAAUCAGAAUAUUUUGAGUGAUCUCUUCGACAUUAAUUUGAGGAUUCGACAAAUUACGUGUUAGUAUUUAAUGAAUUGUACAGUGCCAAACUCAUAACAUUUUGUUGUAUUUUUAUUGUCAUAGCCUCCUACACAACUACAGGGGCUAUUUCUUUUUCACAACUGAGAACUAACACACAUGCAAGUGAGCUAAAAAAAAAAGCUAGUUAUCAGAAAGAAAUGAAUGAAUAUGGUGUGUGUUUUUACCAUUAUGAAUUCAUUUAGAGAGAGGAUGGUUAAUGGCCACCUGAUUACAUUACUAACAGUAAAUUGUAUGGACCGGGACAGUGUCCAGUAAUGAAAUUCAUGGAUUUAUUUUCAUGCCUAUAAAUUUCAAAACAACUCUUUUGUUAUUGUUCAAUGCAUUGAUCCCCUUGGAUACGACAGUGAAUUACGAAGAAUUUGUAUAAUAAAGUUGGUGGGAAAAAAAAA